CCUAUCAGCCAAGUGGUCACCAGGUCGGAGGCCAGUCAUUCUCAUUCUUCACGCCGGUCCAGAACGAGUCAAGCUGCUGCACAAGCACGAGCAGACGCCGAAGCUGCCUACGCCAGAGCACGGUACGCCAAACGCCAAAUCGACAUGGAGGUCGAGAAGGCACGCAUCGAGGCAACACUACACGCUCUGAAGACGGAAGGUGAAGCAGAAGCAGCGCUCGCCGCAGCUAAAGUUUGGGAGGCGACUUUCGAAGAAGAGGAGCGCGCCAAAGUCGACCUCAGCGAGCAAGGGGUAUUUUCCAAGACACCCCCCUCCAUCAGGCGUGCACAAGAGUAUGUGCAUGCUCACUUUGACGACCAGCGUGUCCAAGCAGAUGGCACACAAACGCCAAACAAUGAGCACCUGGUUAGGCACAAUGACUCUCAACAACCAGAAAAUAGCCCAAAAUCAGCUGGUGCUUUUCCACAUGUGCGUCACAUCGACAUCGCUGACGAAGAGCAUCUCCAAUCUCAUCGUGCGAGAACGGACAUCUCACACCAGCCUACACCUUCAGCAACCCCACAAAGUGAACUGUCCAAUUUAGCAGCCUAUCUAGCACGGCGUGAUCUGCUGACAUCGGGGUUCAAGGUUUUCGACAACCGGCCAGAGUCCUACCUGUCCUGGAAGUCCAUGUUCUGCAACGCGACGGAAGGCCUCAAUCUCAAGCCCAGCGAAGAGCUCGACCUUCUCACCAAGUGGCUCGGCGGGGAGUCUCUUCAACACGCUCAGAGGAUCAGGGCGGUCCACGUGAGUAAUCCACAGGCAGGUCUCCAACGUCUGUGGCAGCGGCUAGACAAGACUUAUGGCUCUCCAGAGGUAAUUGAAUCCUCACUCUUCCAACGGUUGCAGACUUUUCCAAGAAUCUCCAACAAAGACACUCACUUACUGCAGGAGCUUGCUGAUCUUCUGUUAGAGCUAUCGUAUGCCAAAAGUGAAAGUUAUUUGCCGGGUCUUAGCUUUCUCGACACACCAAGGGGCAUAAACCCGAUAGUUGAAAAACUCCCAUAUGGACUCCAGGAGUCAUGGGUUACACAAGGUACCAAAUACAAAAGGGAAAACGGUGCAGUCUAUCCACCUUUUUCGUAUUUUGUGCGGUUCGUAAAUGACUACGCUGAAAUGAGAACAGACCCUAGCUUUAUGUUACAGUGUUCAAACGUAAUAAAUCCAAGGGUUGGUAAGACAUCAGUAAGACGAGACAAAUACAGAGUUCCACUAGCAGUGAAUAAAAUAGAGAUCAGUCCGGCUAAAUUGACAGCACUCGAUCCAGACAAACAAUGUCCUAUCCACCAAAACCUCAUUCACUCGUCAAAUGCAGGGGGUUUAGAAUGAAAACACUAGACGAAAGAAAGAACAUUCUCAAAGAGCACGCCAUUUGUUUUAAAUGUUGUGCGUCCACAAAUCACAGGGCUCGAGACUGUAAAGCUAUUAUCCAAUGCUCAGAAUGUGAUAGCGAUGCUCAUGUGUCUGCCAUGCAUGUCGGUCCACCUCCAUGGACACCUCAAGACUUUAAUCCCCCAACCCAGAGUCACGGCGGGGAGUCUGAGGGCCCAAAUCCUGUGAACACAGCCAGUUGCACAGAAGUAUGUGGGCAAGGCGUAAAAGGAAAAUCAUGCUCAAAGAUCUGUUUAGUUAAUGUAUAUCGCCGAACUUCUCCAGAAAAGAAAAAGAGGGUAUAUGCCAUGUUGGAUGAUCAGAGCAAUUCAUCCUUAGCCAGAUCUGCGUUUUUUGACAUGUUUAAUGUGCAAGGUACCAUAUUCCCAUACACCAUGAGAACAUGUGCAGGUUUAUCAGAGACACGAGGUCGCAAAGCUGAUGGCUUUAUUGUAGAAGAUGUAGAUGGUAAGGUCUCCAUGAUGCUGCCUACAAUAACAGAAUGUGAUCAGAUUCCAGAUAAUAGAGACGAAAUUCCCAGCCCUGAGGUAGCAGCAGCUCACCCUCAUUUGCGAUCAAUCGCUUCACAGAUUCCUCCUCUCGACCCAUCGGCAGACAUUCUUCUGCUCCUGGGAAGGGACAUCAUUCAGGCUCAUAAAGUUCGUGGUCAGGAGCCUUUCCAACCGAAGAUCGUGCUGUAGGCAUGCAAGGUCUUGACAUUGGGCAGACUACCCCACCAAUGCAGCGCAGUUUGGGCUUAGGAUGGGAGCUGUUGACUGACCAAUUCAAGUUCCAAGUAAGAGUAAAUGAAAGGCCGUUCACAAAAAGGGGAGUUCUGUCAGUUAUCAACAGUGUGUUCGACCCACUUGGUUUUGCUAUUCCAGUAAUCGUAGGAGGUAGAACCAUACUCAGAGACAUUUCCACAAAUGUUUCAGAGUGGGACACUGAACUGCCAAAAGACAAAUUAGAACAGUGGCAAAAGUGGAAAAGUUCCCUCGGACACCUACAACAUCUUGAAAUUCCCAGAAUGUACACUUCAAUACCGCUGUCUGCAGCCCAAAGAAUAGAGAUUGACGUUUUUUGUGAUGCUUCCACAAAAGCCGUAGGUGCGGUAGCAUACCUCAAACUCACAAAUGAGGACGGACACAGCGAAGUGGGAUUCCUCCUCGGCAAAGCACGUUUAGCUCCUAAACCAGACAUCACCAUACCCCGACUUGAACUCUGUGCAGCAGUC